AUGGCGCUAAGGGUGAGACUGGACCUAGUGGUGGUGACCGUGGAGAGGUGGGUCCUCCUGGCCCUGCUGGUUUCGCUGGACCUCCUGGUGCAGAUGGUCAGCCCGGACUUAAAGGAGAGCUUGGAGAAAGUGGACUUAAGGGAGAGGCUGGUGCCCCUGGACCUCAGGGACCCUCUGGAGCUCCUGGACCUGUUGGACCCACUGGUGUUUCUGGACCUAAAGGCGCUCGUGGUGCUCAGGGUGCUCCUGGUGCAACUGGUUUCCCUGGUGCUGCUGGCAGAGUUGGUUCACCUGGACCUAAUGGCAACCCUGGACCCGUGGGACCUCCCGGAGCCAGUGGCAAAGAUGGACCUAAAGGAGCUCGUGGAGAUGGAGGACCCCCAGGAAGACAGGGAGAUGCUGGCCUGCGUGGACCCGCUGGAGCUCAAGGAGAGAAGGGAGAGGCUGGAGAGGAUGGACCCCCUGGAGCUGAUGGACCUUCAGGGCCUAUGGGUUUGGCUGGAUCUCGUGGUAUUGUGGGUCUGCCUGGACAGCGUGGAGAGAGAGGCUUCCCUGGUCUGCCCGGACCAUCUGGUGAGCCUGGAAAGCAAGGAGCCUCAGGAAGCGCUGGAGACCGAGGACCCCCUGGACCUGUCGGACCUCCUGGACUCACUGGACCUGCUGGAGAGACUGGCAGAGAGGGAAAUCCUGGGUCUGAUGGACCUCCAGGCAGAGAUGGAUCUACAGGAAUCAAAGGAGAGCGUGGUAACACUGGACCUGCUGGAGCUCCUGGUGCUCCUGGAUCCCCCGGCGCCCCAGGACCUGUGGGACCUUUGGGCAAACAGGGAGACAGAGGAGAGGCUGGCGCUCAAGGACCUGGCGGACCCCCUGGACCUUCUGGAGCCAGAGGCAUGGCUGGACCCCAAGGACCCCGUGGAGACAAGGGUGAGGCUGGAGAGGCUGGAGAGAGAGGACAGAAGGGUCACCGAGGGUUCACUGGUCUGCAGGGUCUGCCUGGACCUCCUGGUCCUGCUGGUGACUCUGGAUCUGCUGGACCUGCUGGACCAAGUGGAGCUAAAGGACCUUCUGGACCAAGUGGACCUGCUGGUAAAGAUGGAGCCAAUGGACAGCCCGGCCCCAUCGGACCUCCCGGACCCCGCGGUCGCUCUGGAGAGUCCGGUCCAGCUGGUCCUCCCGGAAAUACUGGCCCACCUGGUCCUCCCGGACCCCCUGGCCCUGGCAUCGACAUGUCUGCUUUCGCUGGCUUGGCACGAUGUUGAGGUGGACUCCACACUCAAGUCCCUCAACAACCAAAUCGAGAACCUGCGCAGCCCUGAUGGCACCCAGAAGAACCCAGCUCGCUCCUGCAGAGACCUGAAGCUGUGCCACCCUGAGUGGAAGAGCGGUGAAUACUGGAUUGAUCCCAACCUUGGAAGCACAGCCGAUGCCAUCAAGGCCUUCUGCAACAUGGAGACUGGAGAGACAUGUGUGCAGCCGACCAUCGCCAGUCUGCCCAAGAAGAACUGGUGGACAGCCAAGAGCAAGGACCGCAAACACAUCUGGUUUGGAGAUAUGAAUGGAGGAUUCCAGUUCAGCUACGCUCAGAACAGCCCCUUCGCCACAGUGCAGCUCAACUUCCUGAGACUGCUGUCGACUGAAGCCUCUCAGAACGUCACAUACCACUGCAAGAACAGCAUUGCCUACAUGGACCAGGCCUCAGGGAACCUGAAGAAGGCCCUGCUGCUCGGAGGCUCCAACGAGGUGGAGAUCCGCGCAGAGGGCAACAGUCGCUUCACCUACAGCGUGCUGGAGGACGGCUGCAAGAGACACACAGGCCGGUGGGGCAAGACUGUCUUUGAGUACAAAACAACAAAGACCUCUCGUCUCCCAAUUCUGGACAUUGCUCCUAGAGACAUCGGAGGAGCUGAUCAGGAGUUUGGAGUGGAUCUAGGCGCAGUCUGCUUCUUGUAA